CACGGAGGGUCUCAUCAUUUUUUUUUCUCCUCCGGAUGGAGACGAUGGAUGCGGGCUCCGCCGGAUCUCUGGCUGCGAACACGGCGGACGGACUCGAUUUUCUAUUCCAAACGCAUCCGCAUCUCCCCUAUGUUGCAAGGUGUCUGUGCGAGGAGCCGCGGAGGAAAUGAGAAGACGGCUGUAUUUUGACUCACGCCUGUCGAGAUGGAGGCAUCGUUAAGAAGACCUGCACCCUCAAGAUCAAACACACCCCAUUAGAUCAUUAAAGUCAUUAUUAUUCAGCUUAAGUGCCAGAAAGCGUCUCUUAGCUGCGACCUGCUUUUUUUUUUCUCUAUGAUCUCUGAAAAACCGAGAAGAUUGAUCCAACCGUCGAUCCGAUGUAGAAGCUGUUCCCUCCAGUUCCCACAACCUCGACUCUUGCUUGGAUUUCAACGUUCAGUCAAAUCCACCAGGACGGAGUAUGUCAUCUACACCUUUUCACAGAAUCCUACGACCCCUUCUGCUCGGUACCUUCGUUCUGGGAUGCUUCGUGACUCUGUUUUUGAUGUAUUUUAAGCCAUCCACCAGCUGGUUAUCAGGUCCCGUAGAGUCGACGGUGUCCACAGACAGGGUCAAGAACAUUUUCUCCACCAAGAGCGAUAAAAACGUGACCACGGUGCUGAUCUGGCUUUGGCCGUUCGGGCAAACCUAUGACCUGAGCGUCUGCAGCUCCCUUUUUAACAUCGAGGGCUGCUUCAUCACAGCAGACAGGAAUCUCUACAACAGGUCUGAUGGGGUUGUCAUCCAUCACAGAGACAUCGGCACUGACCUGUCCAACCUGCCGCCGCUCCAGCGGCCAUCGUUCCAGAAGUGGAUAUGGAUGAACCUGGAGUCGCCAUCACACUCGUCCCAGCUUCCCGGGAUAGAGAACCUGUUCAAUCUGACUCUCAAUUACCGUCAGGAUGCUGACAUUGAAGUGCCUUAUGGGUCCAUCGUAGCGGCAGAGGGCGAGGAGGACUUUGUGCCACCCAGCAAGAACAAGCUGAUCUGCUGGAUUGUAAGCAACUGGAACCAGGACCACGUGCGGGUGAAAUAUUACAAUGAGCUGUACAAACACAUCGAGGUUCACGCCUACGGACAGGCCUUUGGAGAGUACAUCUCCGAUCAGGACUACUUCCCCACCAUAGCCAGCUGUAAGUUCUACCUGGCGUUCGAGAACUCCAUCCACAAGGACUACAUCACCGAGAAACUGUACAACCCGCUGUCUGUGGGCACGGUGCCAGUGGUUCUGGGCCCGCCCAGGCAGAACUACGAGAACUUCAUCCAGGGGGACGCCUUCAUCCACGUGAACGACUUCACCUCGCCCAAGGAGCUGGCCGAAUACCUGCUGCUCCUGGACAAGAACGAGGAAAUGUACCUCAGGUACUUUGAGUGGCGACGGCACUUUAAAGUAAAGAAGGCCUAUUUCUGGGCAGAGCACACGUGUCUGGCUUGUGAUUACCUGCGGAGGCACAAGGAGUACAAGGCAUUCAAUAACCUUGACAAGUGGUACUGGGGUGGAUAGUGCUUUGAAGGGCUAUGCAGUGCUUGUUAUGUUGUUGAGGCAGUGCUUUAAGAUUUUUGUCCUUCGGUUGACAUGAAGGUUCAUUACUGUUCAGUCAAGAGCAGCCAGAAGUGGUUUCCUAUUGGCUCAGCGGCCCAUUGAGACGUCCAGGCAGAUUUUUGUUGUUUUUUUCCUUUUUUUAAAAUCUGUUUUCUUUGGAAAGCCUUACUUUGCCUUUUUCGUUGAUCAUUAAAUAUUUUGUAUUUCUUUUUAAUGAUUAAUUUGAUUGCACCACAUUUUUUGAACGGAUUUUGCUACCCAUGAUUUGCUUGAUGUGAACACAUUUGCUGCUAUCUUUAUGCUUAUUUGACUUUUAUUUGUGUGCUUGCUUGAUUGUAUGAAUGUUCCUGUGCAACAUUCAUGAUGCAAGGUU